GAGAGAGAGCUCCAGCUUCAGCUCCGGGUUGAAGAAUGGGGAAGAUCCCUCCUGCCUUCCGAUCCACCAAGCUUCCCAUCCCUCUCCUCCAUCCACCUCCAUCCUCUUCCUCCUCUCCUCCUUCUCCUCCUCUCCAUCACUCCAAACCCCAUCCCCCUUUCCCCAAAUCCAGAAAGCCACAGCUACCCCGCACCUCCUCAUCCCCUUCUCCAUCUCCUCUCUUUUCCUGUCCUGAUAUCACCACUGCUCUCUCUCUUCUCUCCUCGCCUUCGCCUCCAUCCCCUUCCUCCAUCCUCCGCUCCUUCAUCUCCUCCGGUGCCUCCCUCUCCUCCCUCCUUUCCCUCCUUCCUCACCUCCCCUCUGACCGCUCCACCACUGACAUCGCUGUUCGAUCUCUUCUCUCCUCCUCCCGCCUCGACGAUGCUCUUUCUCUUGUUCGCCACCUCUCCUCCGAUCUCUCCUCCUCUCCCGACCAAUUCACCUUCAACUUCCUCAUUCGCCACCUCUCCAAGUCCCGCCCCAUCUCCUCUGUCUACUCCUUCAUUGAAGAGAUGCGCCUCCUUCCGUCUGGCCCUAAACCUAAUGUCGUCACCUAUACCAUCCUUAUUGACUCUGUCUGCCGCUCUGGCAACCUCCGCGAAGCCACCCGCUUGCUCUCCGUCCUCAAAGAUUCUGGCUUUAAACCUGAUUGCUAUGUCUACAAUGUCAUCAUGAAAGGGUACUGUAUGCUUGAUGCUUGCGGCGAGGUCAUGGAGGUUUAUAACAAGAUGAAGGAUGAGGGUGUUGAGCCUGAUUUGGUCACCUAUAAUACUCUGAUUUUUGGCCUGUCCAAGGCUGGGAUGGUUGAUCAGGCGAAGAAGAUUUUGAAUGUGAUGACUGGGAUGGGGCAUUUUCCGGACGCUGUCACGUAUACAUCUUUGAUGAAUGGGAUGUGCAGGAAAGGUGACGCCUUGGGAGCGUUGAGGCUUUUAGGGGAGAUGGAGGAGAAGGGAUGCAGUCCCAAUGAAUGUACUUACAAUACUUUGCUUAUCGGCUUAUGUAAGGCUAAGUAUUUGGAUAAGGGCAUGGUGUUGUACGGGGUGAUGACUGCGGAAGGCAUGAAGGUGGAUUCGGCCGCUUAUUCGACAUUUGUCAGGGCGUUGUGCCGGGCCAAUAGGGUUGCUGAGGCCUAUGAGGUGUUUGAUUAUGCAUUGGAAAGCAAGAGUCUGACAGAGGUCACUGCAUACUCUGCUUUGGAAAGCUCUCUCAAGUGGCUCAAGAAAGGAACUCGAACUUAUAAGGAGUGCUGCAAGAAUAGCGAAGGCACCUAAGACCAGGAUUCUGUUCAAAGUACAGCUGGAACAACUAUAGCGAAAAAUGGUGAGAUACCUGAGCAGAGGUGCCAUGCUGGGUCCACCAGCAUGACCUUAAGAUCUCAUCCAUUCGUUUACAGAGUUGAAUAAGAGCUUUACAAUCUGGAGGUGCAUAUUUCAUCAGUAUCAGUGUUGCCAUCCUCUGGCAGUGCAGAAUCUACUCAAAUUGCAUUGAGAGGGCUCAGAGAUUUGUACAACAAUAUCAAGGAUCUUCUACGCUUCCCAAGAAGCAGCCAAUAAAGUUGUUCCCAACCUCAGCAAAAGAAAUGGGCAGAAGAACUCGAUGUGUCUUUCAGGUUAACGGAUCUGUGUAAUGCUG